AUGUCACAUUUCUUUUCCCCCAUAUCCAACAACAACUCUGAAGUACCAACACUCUCGGGACCUUUCGUCAACAUUGUCCGCCGCCGCUGCCUCCUCGUCCUAGGCCGAGGCUGCUGCCCCCAAGACCCGUGUCACCCUCGCCCGUCCAUUGAUGAGAUGGACGAGAUCAUGGCCUUCCUUCGCAACGACGGCAACUCUGUCGACGACUCGAUUGACUUCAUCCAGGCGCGGACGUCAACCUUGGUCGUCGACAUGGGCGCCGCCAACAUCCCUGCGAGUUCGAUUCGCACCUUGUGGGCCUCGAUGCUCCAAGCCACACAGACACCUCUCGUCCACCAGGCCUUGCGGGUGAAGGUGGGCGGCAUCACCCAGCUUAACACGAUCCCUGGCCAACGCGGGGGUUUCGCCUUCUCCGUAACCGAAGAAUGGCGCAAACAACUGUAUGGUCAGCCCAUUAUCAGCGGAGGCAAGUCGUUCGCCUUCGGCAAGGCUCACCCUCUUGAUACCAUAUUCUACCUUGACAUCACCUGCACGCGAUCGACCUUCCCCAUUAAACGCAUGGUUCAAGCUCUGGUCUCACUGGGUACCAAGGUUGUCUACUUUGCCCACGGUGAAAUCACGGAGUACGAGCAGAACUUUAGCACCUGGCGUGUGUACUUCGACAGUGACAACAUCCCAAAACACUGCUUAAAGUGGUGUUCCGCGCACGAUACGUAG